AUGGGAGAGUCAGGCUUCUUCCUUUCAGAGAUCCGCAAUGAGCACAGCAAUGACUCAGCCUCAGUGAACAUUUGGGGAGAUGUCAGGGGCACUGGUGCUGUCCAAGAAGAGACAACAGUUCUGAAACUUAAGACAAAAAUAGAUAAAGAAAAUGUCCAUAGACCUACAUGGAGCAAAAAUAAUGUAACAACGGGAAAAAAUUGUAUUCCAUUAAAACCUUCUAAUGAAUUAACCAAUUCAACUAUAGCCACUGAUACAUAUAUUGAAGAUAAUAAUCAAACUCUGCAGUUGUUACCAAUUACAAAUGAUCGCCAAGGUCAACGUAUGACAUUAAGCCAAGCAUUUCACAUUAAAAACAAUAAUAAAAAGAAACAAGUGACUACAGAAAAACCAAAGCAAGAUGCUAACGUGCUCGAGAAACCUGUGCUUGGAUCUUAUCGUGGCCAAAUUGUUCAAUCUAAGGGUAAUUCAUUUAGAAAACCUGUACAAAUCAAAGAUGAGCAUUCUGCAAUAAUAAAGAAACUUUCAACUCCUAUCUCUAAGGCCACAAAACCUCAGCCUAGAAACACCAGCAGUGUAACAGCAAAAAGUCACAGAGCCUCAAAUAUGAUGACAACGACUAAAUUUGUGAGGGCUACAUCUCAGAAUGGACAACUUUUACGUCCUCCUAUUAGAAGUCACCACAGUAAUACUCAUAAUACCCAGGACUCCCUGAAACAAGGCAUUGCCAAUGUUACAGUUCGGAAAGGGUCUCAUGAGAAAGAAUUACUACAAUUAAAUACAGUUUUAUCUAGUGUCAAAACCAUUUCUUCUCAGGAAGUAAAAAGAAAUAAGACAGUAUCAAGAAGCAUCACAUCUGAAAUGAUAGCCAGGCCUGCUUUAUCUUCUAAUAUCAAACAGAUAGAAAAGUCAAAAACCAUUGACCAGUGCAGGCAUACUAUAGCAAAAGCAACUAUCAACAAUAGAAGGGCUCAGCCCAAAGAAACCGUAGAAGAAAGAAAAGCUCGUUUGAGUGAGUGGAGAGCUAGCAAAGGAAAAAUGUUGAAAAGGCCUCCUAGCUCAGUAAUAACCCAGCCUGAACCUGAAGGACAGAAUGAAAAACCAGUUGGGUCAUUUUGGACUACCAUGGCAGAAGAAGAUGAACAAAGAUUAUUUACUGAAAGUGUAAACAAGACAUUUUCUGAAUGCCUAAACCUGAUUAAUGAGGGAUGCCCCAAAGAAGAAGUAUUAAACACACUGAAUGACCUGAUUAAAAAUAUUCCAGAUGCCAAAAAACUUAAGUAUUGGAUAUGCCUUGCACGUGUCGAACCACUCACAAGUUCUAUUGAAAAUAUUAUCUCAAUCUUUGAGAAGGUCAUUCUGGUAGGGGCUCAGCCUAUUGAAGAAAUGCGACAUACAAUUGCAGAUAGUCUAACAAUGAAGAGUCAAGAAAAAGUUAGAUUUGGAGAAAAUCUUGAGGAGGCUUGUGCAACCAAGGAAAAAAUCCCAGAAGUCAUCAUUGAAGAUAUUGGUGUUAAUUGAGAGUCAGGAAAACCUGAAAUGGAAAAUAAACAUGUGGUAUUUCAGGAUUGUAAAAAAGAGCAAGUACACAAAACAGAAGAUCAAAGCAAUGAUGUUAAAACCCCCAACACAGAAACGAGGGAGGGUUGCUUAAUUAAACAUAAUGUGUCUACUACACCAUACUUGCAAAGUGUAAAAAAGAAAAUGCAGUUUGAUGAAAUAAAUUCUACAUUUAAAGAGCUCAAGUUUCUAAUACCAGUUAGACGUUCUCAGCGACUUCAAGACAAGACGUCUACAUUGCCCGAUAUGUUCAAAGACCAUUAUCCUUGUGUGUCUUCAUCGGAACAGUUAACAGAGUUGGGGAAUGAAACUGAUGCUUUUAUAUGCCGCCCUCAUGCAGCACUGUGCCGGAUGGAUUUGGAGACUGAAACAACAGUGUUUCGGCCAAAAAAACUGAGGGGGGGCGGGGGGGGGACUCAUGCAGGCCUGGCCCCAGGGGACCCUGCAGAGAAGCAGCUCUUAGGUUGUGUCUGUGACAAGAUGCAGAGCUCUGACCUGGACAGGGCGAAGGAGAGAUUGCUAUUUGAAGAAGCUGGCCUGGUGUUCCCUUGGGAUGGGGUGGCCAUCGUCAGCCAUGAGAACGUAGAAGCAGAGAUGGCGGUUCGGCGGGGAAAGCUGAAGCAGAGACACAGCCUCAACAAAGACAAUGGAGAAGCCGGGGCCACUGCUGGGGCCACCUCUUUCACUUCCCCAGAACGGCUGCUGCUGCUGCUGCAGGACAACCAGGAGCUGCUCCCAGAGAGCUCUGCCCGGCCGCCCGGGCUGGAUUCCCAUUUGGCGCGGUGCACCCUGCCGGUGCUGUGA